AGGAAUAUUAUGGAUUAAGAAAGCAACAAUUGGUAGAAUUCAUGCAUAGGUUUACUUUAAUAUCUUGGAAUUUCAAAGAAAUGUAUCAGAUGAUUAAUCUUGGAGAAAAUUCUGAAUUUGAACGUUGCGACAAUUUGGAUCCUUUUUCUAAAG